CGUGCUGGUAGAAAAUGCACUCAAAUGACGCGCGCCUGAUUUGAAAUCAUGCGCUACUGUACUCGUCUGAAGAAGUACAGUUCCCUGGGACUGAGAUAGAAAGUCUUUUUUUGCAGUGAAGGUGAAUGCCAAACACCUUGCCGAGAAGAAAGGAGUUUUCUGAAGACAUCAGGAAGAGGGUUGUGGGAGCACAUCUGUCUUGGGAACGAUAUACAACAACCUAAAAAACAUUUCCGCUCCAUCACUGUGAAGCACAUCAUUUACAAAUGAUGCAACGCCGAACUCGCACAGCUAAAGUCUACACAGAACAGAAAAUAGAUGAAGACUCAGAUGAACCUCAACACACAGGGUCAGAGAGUGAAGAGGAGGCUGACGAAUGGCAACCAAAGUCCAAUGCCACCAAGAGGGAGGUGAAAGCUCCACCAGGUGAGAAGAAACCAACGGUGAAGAAGUCAGCCGUACCUAAAGAGCCCAAAAUGCCUAAACCCAAAGCCCCACGGAAACCAGUGGACAGGAAACCCAGAGCACCCAAAGAACCCAAAGCACCCAGGCCCCCGAAAGAACCCAAAGCUCCCAGGCCCCCGAAAGAACCCAAAGCUCUUAAAGCUCCCAGAGAACCUAAAGCUCCCAGAGUGCUCAAACCUCCCAGAGCGACAAAAGUAACUAAGCAGCAGCAAGUUCCAUUAGAGGAAGUGGCUGUAGGAGUCACUCAGGUUGACCCUGUCAAUGAUGUCAAAGGGUCACUGCAGUCUGCCCGGGUCAAGGAGGAGAGGUUGUCCUUCAUUGUGCCUGAUGGAUCCUGCAAUGACAUCACAUCCAGAGCGGGAGGUGGGUGGCCGGAGGAGCCGUCGUCCAGCCAUGAGCCAUGUGGUGUUAAAAAGGAAGAGCCAGAAGACUUCACGUUUGAUGAGCCUUCUCUGAAGAGACAGAAAACCAGCAGUGCCACGCAAGGCAGGCCCACCAAACUGGCCAUCUCAGGAAGGGGCUUUGGCAGUGACAUUAAUAUGAACUGGGACCUUAUUCAACUGCUGUCUGAUAGAACAGGAGUGGAGCCGUGGGUGUGUCUGAACAUUGUCCAGCUCUUCAGAGAGGAGAACACCAUUCCUUUCAUUGUGCGCUACAGGAAGGAGAUGAUCAACCACAUGGACGCGGACGCCGUGAGGGAUGUGCAGUUGGUUCUGGAGGAGAUCCAUGCCUUGGCAAAGAAGGCACAGACUGUGAGUCAGGCCCUGAAGAAGGAGGGGCUCCUGUCUAGCGAUCUGGAGCAGGCUCUAAAGAACUGCAGGACCGCUGAUGAACUGGAUCAUGUGUAUGCCCCCUACAAGAAAGGCAGCAAGCUGAGCAAGGCUCGUCGCGCCAAACAGCUGGGGCUGGAGUCCGCGGCACAGGCCUUACUACAGAGUCCCCACACUCUGGACCUGAGAGCCUGGGUGAAACCUGGGACAGAAGGUUUAUCCACUUUGGAGGAGGUGUCCACAGGAGUGGAGCAGAUUUUGGCUGAUAUGAUUGCUAAAGACGGAGAGACUCUUACCUAUAUCAGAUCACUGUGCGACAACAGCAUGGUGAUGCUCCAGUCGUCCGUGUCGAAGACAGCCCUGAAAGAGCGACAGCAGCAGCAACAGGAGCAGGGUGGUCACCAGGGGAAGCCCAAAGACAUCGACAAGUUCCACCUGUACUGCGACUUCACCUGUAACAUCCAGCGCAUCCAGCACCAUCAGACACUGGCCAUUAACCGAGGGGAGAAUCUGAAGAUUUUGACAGUGAAGGUCAACAUCCCUGACAGGGUGAAGAGUGACUUCUGUAGGUGGUGCGUCAACGUCAGAUGGAGACCCAAGAGUUAUGCCAGAGAGGAGCUGAUGACGAUCUUACAAGCCGCCGUGGAGGACUCAUACAAACGGCUGUUAAUGCCUCUGCUGAGCAGGAGCUAUAGGACGAAGCUGACCGCUGGCGCGGAGAAGGAGUCCAUAGCCAUGUUCGUGCGUAACCUUCGCCAGCGUCUGUUGGUGUGUCCCGUCCGAGGCCGCGUGAUCAUGGGCGUGGACCCGGGGUUCAGGCACGGCUGUAAACUCGCCAUACUCUCCCCUACGAGUCAGAUUUUAUACACCGAUGUGGUCCACCUCAAUGGUUCAGGCAGCAGCAGAGAGGCAGACAAACUGCGCCAUCUGAUGAUCCAGUACAGCUGUACUACAGUAGUUAUUGGCAAUGGCACCGCAUGUCGCGAGACUGAGGCCUUCUUUGCUGACCUCAUCAGUCGACGUUUCUUCCAACCUCUGGAUGUCUCUUACUGCAUCACCAGCGAGGCAGGGGCGUCCAUCUACAGCGUUAGCCCGGAGGCAGUGAAGGAGAUGCCAGAUCUGGAUCCUAACCUGAGGAGUGCAGUGUCCAUAGGAAGACGUGUUCAGGACCCUUUGGCUGAGCUGGUGAAGAUCGACCCCAAACACAUCGGCAUUGGAACCUACCAGCACGACGUGUCCCAGAACUCACUGAGAGCAGCCCUGGAUGGGGUGGUGCAGGAGUGUGUAAGCUUCGUGGGAGUAGACAUCAACAUCUGCUCGGAGACGCUGAUGAGACAUGUGGCAGGGCUGAAUGCAGGACGUGCGAAGAGCAUUGUGGAGUGGAGGGAGACCAACGGGCCCUUUAUGAACAGAGAGCAGCUGAGACUAGUGAAGGGACUGGGCCCCAAGAGCUACCAGCAGUGUGCUGGCUUCAUCAGAAUCAACCCUAACAACCUGCUGAACAACCGCAGUGCAUCAGCAGGGCGUCCUGACCAAUCAGCCCAGGAGACGUCGACGGCCAAGGGGAAGGGGAAGACCAAAGCCUUGGCCGCGGUGCCUAGCCAGCCCAACCCCCUGGACCAGACCUGCAUCCACCCAGAGUCCUACUCGGUGGCCAUGAGUUUCCUGUCACUGGUCGGGGGCUGCAUUGACCAGAUGGGCAGGCCGGAGCUCAGGCAGUGCGUCGAGGCCAGCGUGAAACGUCAGGGUCUGGAGGCGCUUGCGAAAACCCUCAAUACCAGCCCGGACACACUGCAGCUCAUCAUAGAUGGACUCACCCAGCCUCCUGGCUUUGACAUCCGCCAAGACUUUGACAAGGCGGAUUUUAAACGUGGCAUCGUGUCUAUGAGCGACCUGAGAGAGGGGGUGGUUCUGACGGGUCGGGUGGAAAACGCCGCUCUCUUCGGUGCUUUCGUGGACAUCGGAGUGGGCCGCAACGGGCUGAUCCACAAGAGCAAAAUCACCCCGGACAAGCUGCCCGUCGACCAGAGGAGGCGCAGCCUGGCCCUUGGCCCUGGGGAGAAGGUGGAGGUCAGGGUACUACACGUGGAUGAACAGCGAGGACGCAUCUCUCUGGACCUCAUACGAGUCCUUCGGUAGACCAGUCUGGACUACGGCUGGACAUUGGACUGUUAAAGAAUCUUGGGUCAGGUUCAGUAAGGAUGAAAUAUUUUAAAACAGAAGGAAAAGUACUACCUUAUUGCGUUGUGGCUAUUAGAGUUUCUCUCUCACAGAAGAGACCGUUGUCUGUGCUGAAGGCACUGUUGUCUUGUUUAUUUUACUGCAGUAUUCAUCAGCCAUUGCUGGCUGGUUUUGUUUGUCAUGUUGGACCAAAUCUUCAUGUCUUUUUUUUCUAAACCACAAAACA